UCUUACCUCUUAACAGCUUUAACAAGCUCGUUUAUUCGUCUUCUUCAGCUUUUCAUCUCUCUCUCUCUCUCUCUCUCUCUCUGCGAGUCCCCUAAUAAGGACUUAAAAGCAAGGAACGGAACAGCUCAGUAUUCGGCACUGAUCUCUUUGGCUUAAUAGAUAAAAGAGUUUUCUUGGCCAUGGCACUUGCUCGUGGAGGUGGUUUUAUGUUCUGUGACUUGUGUGGAACAAUGCUCUCUUUGACCACUACCAACCACGCUGAAUGUCCUUUGUGCAAAUUUAAGAAAAGCGCAAGUGAGGUUUCCGGAAGAGAAAUAUGCUAUAAAGUUACUGCUGAGCACUUGAGUGGUUGUCAAUCUCCGACUAUCUUAAAGGAUAUGAGAAGGGAUUUGGGUAUCUCAAGUUUUGAGGGAAAGAUAGAGGUGAAAGACAUGGAGAUAAAUAAGAAAUGUGAAAAGUGCAGCAACACAAAGCUUAAAUUUUCUACCAGACAAAUGAGAUCAGCAGAUGAAGGGCAGACUACCUUCUAUCACUGUCCUAAAUGUCUACACACGUUUAGUGAGAAUUGAGUAUCUAUGCCUGGGAGCUUACAAGAGCUACCUAAGACACAGGUUAGUGUUGGAUGGUUUAAGAGUGUCACUCUCUCAAAGUUUAUUAGAUUGUGUAAUUGACACCAGACCAUGAUUUGGCUAAAUGAAAUUAUCUCAUUUUCCUUGAUUA